UUGAGCAUUUUGUGACAAAGUUAGAGCAACACAGUGUCAGUGUAGACACUGCAUUUUCUUAUGUUGCCCUAAGACAUCUCCAGGAAGUGUCCCACAAUGCCCCUCAUGACUGCUCUGGUAAGCAGUUUCUACUCCGCUGCCCUGCACCCAGGUAGACAGGCAUGUGCCCCUCCCCCUUUAAAGCUCUGGGAGUUUUUGAAAUUCCAGUUCCUGUUUGCUCGGCAUGGACAGCUCCCGCUGCAUCUUCCCAGCUGACCAUGUCAGCUUUCUGCAGCAAAGUGGCACCUGUGUGGAGUACACCAGAGUUGCUGAAUCUGUUGGGUCUGUGGGAAGAGGAGGCUGUGCAAUUGCAGCUCUUAUCCAGCCAUAGGAACUUGGACACCUACGAGCAAAUUGCUCAUGGCCUGGAUGAGAAGGGACGUGAAAGGGACAUGCAGCAGUGCCAUGCUCAGAUCAAGAUGCUGAGGCUGGCGUACCAGAAGGGAAGGGAGGCCAACCAUCGCUCAGUGUGGUGCCAAAAACAUGCUUCUACAAAGGAGCUGCAUGCCAUCCUCCACAGUGACCCCACCUCCACCAUCAAGAGCUCCAUGGAUACUUCAGGGGGACGGGAGGCAGCGGCCAGCGGAGUCAACCCGAGGAUGAAGUGAUGGACGAGGAGGUCGAAUUCAAGGAGAAUGUGGGACAGGCUCCUCUGGUGGCGUGGAAACUUUGCCGCGCCAACUGGCAAUUAUUCUGGAGGAACCAAAGCAGCACAAAGAUGUGCUCUUGAGAGGCAGCUCCUACACGCUGGUGGAGUGCCUCUGUCUGAUAAGGAGGCAAACGAGGAGUAAGGAAGAAGUGUUUCACAAAAUGCUGCAAUCAUCAGAUCUGGCUGAUAGCGAGCACAGAGGAUGGAGAGAGACAAUAAAUGAGAAACUAGAAUGCUCUAUGCCCAGAUCUCUGUGGCUGGGCUGCUCCAGCCUGGCGGACAGCAUGCCCUCGCUGCGAUGCCUGUAUAACCCAGGGACUGGCGCACUCACAGCUUUCCAGAAUUCCUCAGAGCGAGAAGACUGUAAUAAUGACGAGCCCCCUAGGAAGAUCAUUCCAGAGAAGAAUUCACUUAGACAGACCUACAACAGCUGUGCCAGACUGUGCUUAAACCAAGAAACAGUAUGUCUAGCGAGCACUGCUAUGAAGACUGAAAAUUGUGUGGCCAAAACAAAACUUGCCAAUGGCACUUCCAGCAUGAUUGUGCCCAAACAAAGGAAGCUGUCUGCAAGCUAUGAGAAAGAGAAGGAGCUGUGCGUCAAGUAUUUUGAACAGUGGUCCGAGUCCGACCAAGUGGAGUUUGUGGAACAUCUCAUCUCCCAGAUGUGUCAUUACCAGCACGGACAUAUAAACUCGUACCUCAAACCUAUGUUACAGAGGGAUUUCAUCACUGCACUGCCAGCUCGGGGUUUGGAUCACAUUGCCGAGAACAUACUGUCGUACCUGGAUGCCAAAUCGCUAUGUGCUGCCGAGCUGGUGUGUAAGGAGUGGUACCGGGUGACAUCGGAUGGCAUGCUGUGGAAGAAACUUAUUGAGAGAAUGGUCAGGACAGACUCGCUGUGGAGAGGGUUGGCAGAGAGGAGAGGAUGGGGACAGUAUCUAUUUAAAAAUAAGCCACCUGAUGGGACUGCCCCACCCAACUCCUUCUAUAGAGCACUUUAUCCAAAAAUUAUACAGGACAUAGAGACAAUAGAAUCAAACUGGCGGUGUGGAAGGCACAGUUUACAGAGAAUCCACUGCCGGAGUGAAACUAGCAAAGGGGUUUAUUGUUUACAGUAUGACGAUCAGAAGAUAGUAAGUGGCCUGCGAGACAACACUAUCAAGAUCUGGGAUAAGAAUACAUUGGAAUGCAAGCGAAUUCUGACUGGACACACGGGUUCCGUCUUGUGCCUACAGUAUGACGAGCGGGUGAUCAUUACUGGAUCUUCUGAUUCAACCGUCAGGGUGUGGGACGUAAAUACUGGCGAGAUGCUAAACACGCUGAUUCACCACUGCGAAGCAGUACUGCACCUGCGCUUUAACAAUGGCAUGAUGGUGACUUGUUCCAAAGACCGUUCCAUUGCCGUAUGGGACAUGGCUUCCCCGACAGACAUUACCCUGCGAAGGGUCCUGGUAGGACACAGAGCUGCUGUCAACGUAGUGGACUUCGAUGACAAGUACAUUGUGUCAGCAUCAGGUGAUAGGACUAUAAAGGUCUGGAACACUAGUACCUGCGAGUUUGUGCGCACCUUAAAUGGCCACAAACGAGGCAUCGCGUGUCUGCAGUACAGAGAUCGACUAGUAGUGAGUGGCUCUUCAGAUAACACUAUCAGGUUGUGGGAUAUAGAGUGCGGGGCAUGUUUACGAGUACUGGAAGGCCAUGAGGAGUUGGUGAGAUGCAUACGCUUCGAUAACAAGAGGAUAGUCAGCGGGGCAUAUGAUGGGAAAAUUAAAGUGUGGGAUCUUGUGGCUGCUCUGGACCCUCGCGCUCCAGCUGGGACCCUCUGUCUGCGAACCCUCGUGGAGCAUUCUGGGAGAGUCUUUCGACUCCAGUUCGACGAAUUCCAGAUCAUCAGCAGCUCGCACGAUGACACAAUCCUCAUGUGGGACUUCCUGAACGACCCAGCUGCCCAAGCAGAAUCGACCCGCUCCCCGUCCAGAACAUACACCUACAUCUCCAGAUAAAUAACACUACACUGUACCUCACGCGCGCACAGAACUCGUUUAAGCUGCAGUAUUUAAAUUAUCUGCCAAUGCCGGGACAAAAGAACGAUCCACGUAACCAAUCCUUGCGGAAGAGAGAGGCUCUCAGAUUCAUUUCUGGAACAAAGUUGGCAUGCGGUUGAUCUCCGACAGAGUCUGCUCAGCGCAGCUGACUGCUUAAGUGCUGCUAUAUCAGAAGAUGUCUUUGGUCUUUCAUGAACGAUUAACAUUUUUAAACCACCCCUCUUCCUUUUCCCCUCUGCCUAGCCACUCCCCUCCCCACUCCCGUUUUUUCCUCUUGCCCCAGUCCUAUAAAUAUAUUUAACGUGUUGCCAGAAUUCGUUGCUUUGGUGUUAAACAGAAGAAUCAUUGCCACUGUGCAUCCUGCUGAGAGUCACUUCCGGGUCGGGGGGAAGUCCCUCUAACCCUUUGGAGGCUGGAUGUGUAUUGCAAUUGCCCUCCGCAGUCAUUAGGCUGCCAGUCUGGGCAGGGCCAGUCAACAAAAGGUUAAACUGGCUUCUGCCAAAGUCCCAAGUCCAGUAUUGCCUGGGGGUGAGAAUCAGCUCCUGAAGGGUAUGGGGCAGUAUUUCACUAUCAGAGACAUUCUCUGUACCCAGGGCAGGGUUCUGUUUCUCCUGCUAUUGGCCCUGAAGACAGUAUGGAUUUUGUUAAUGGUUUAAGAUUUGUACUUCUGAUUAGAUAGAAACAUGAGGCUGGGGUGGGGAGAAGACUCUGGCACCCUCUUUCCUCCUCCCCCAGGAGAUGUCACAGCCAGAGGAUGGAAGAGGGAGCUGCAGAGUACCUUGUUAGCCCAGCUUUGGAGGGCUUUUGUGGCUGACCAUAUGCCUAAAUAAGAAUAUAAGAGCUGCUGUAGUGGGUCAGAUGAGUGCUCCAUCUAGCCCAAUCUCCUGUCUCCGACAGUGGCCAGCGUGGUGCACUGUGACCCAGAGGGGAUGGCUGGGUUGGGUCCUGUGGCUGAUAGGGCAGAUACAGCCAGUUGGCUGGGGCAGACCACGCAUGGGAUUGGCUGCCUUGGCCAGCUGGCUGUACCUCUAGGCCAGCUCUGUCGUAUUUCUGGGGCUGGCACUGCCGGUCCCCUGAGCGAGCGAGGGAGAUGAGUCAUGUGACCUUCCUGAGCCCCAACCUUCUCUGCACCGCAAUUUAGGAACAGGACGAUAAUUAACCCGCGUACUGAUCAUCACCCUGAAUCGUCACACACUAGCCGAGACCUUUGAGAACCACCAUGGAUCAGAAUGGAGAGCACCCCGCUGACAGGCAGGGCGUGAGGAGCGACUCUCCAUGUCACAGCCAGUCAGCUAGACCGAAAGAGCCAGUGGGGGACCCCGCAGGCGCUGGCUUCCCCACUGCAGUGGGAACAGCCAUCCGAGAGGCCUUGCUUUUGGAAGAGGAAGGGUUAAAUAAAAUAAUCGCCAGGCAUUCCAACCUCAGUUUAAGGUCUGUCAAAAUUUCUGGUACAAACCUUAGGCCCCGUUCUCCCACUGCAGGUCGUGAAUGACACCCAUUGCCGUCCCUGGGAGUUAGUCCCAUCCUGCACUGGGAAAUUGGAGCCCUUUAUCUCCUCAACUCUAAGGUUGGAACUUGGCAGAUGGGAGAUUUGACUGGUACGUUCUCACCAGCCUUGCUUUGCUGGGGGGGUCACGAUUACGUCACUAACUAGCUUUGCCGUCCUUUUUCCACCAGCGACGUUUUGCAAGUGACUAGGUGACUCCAGAGGAGCUAGCAGAUGGGAAGGCAGUGGAGACAUUGGAAGGUAGCUGGCAGAGGAGCGUGAGAAUCAGUGCGAAAAGAAACACCCGGCUCCCAUAUGUCUUCAGGAGGGCCUAGGACCCAGAGCGACUCUAAAGAGCCUCUCUUAGUCAGAGCUGGUCAUCGACACGCCUCCUACUUUUUAUUUGUUUAAAUUACUAUUGUAAAAAGAGCAAAAUAAACUAACUCCGUUCGGAGAACAUUUAUGGCCUAACUCAGACUGGCAGAGGCAAAGAAAUGCUGAGUCAAGACCGAAAGCGUAUCCUUAAUUCUAGGCUGCGCUAUCGCAGAGGUCAUUGGCUGCUGGGUGAUCAGACAGAUCAGGCAUACUGGAUCCCCAAAGCAUGGGGGGGAUGGACGGGUGGAUCAUAUUUUUCACUCUGAAUUGCUCCUGCUGAAGUGGAGUUCCAAGUCUCAUCCUUAAUAUUGUUUGAACACGGCUCCUUUUGGUGCAGUUGUUACAAAACUGCAGUGUGGCUGGGAGAGAGUGGACAGUUAUAUGGAGCUGGCUGCAGACUCAACAGCUUUUCUUUCCCCCGUUUGUCUUGUCGCUUUUUGGCUACAGGCUGUGCUAGACGAUCGUGACUCUUCGCCUUGGAUGCAACAGAGGUUCUCACGGUUUUAUCAGUGUCCUUGGGGGCGGUGCCUUCUAGUGUGGAGUUUGUUUUGCUAGUUGUGAGGACUUGGGGAGAUCCAGAAUGCUUCCUGGCCAGACAUGGAGACAACACUGUUGCAAAUCAUCAUUGGUUGUCCUAGCCCUGCUGUUCCAUGUUGCUAUUUUGAAACUUCUAAGCACUGCUGGGUUUUUAAGUGGCGCCAGAGUUGUAAUUCUGCUGUAUAAAUCUGUUUGUAAGCUACAGUGUGUGAGCAACUGCUGCAAUAUUUUUAUUUUAUUUUUUUGGUGUGUGGUAGAGUGAUGCUGACUCUUCAGGAGGGACUGUGUCUGGGUAGUUAAAAUACAGAAUGGCUCAAUGGAGAAUCCUACCCCAGCCUUCAAGUUGUACAAAGUCCUACCCCAGACACCAAGUUCCUUCUGAUGUCUAAGAAGGAAACUGAUCUAAGAAACUCAAAUCUGCCACAACUCUCAGCCUAGGAGGAAUAAUGUGGUUAUUAGAUCUUCAUGUCAAGAGGAAGGUGGCUUUCUACCUUGUCCACUAAGGAUCUGUGUGUGAAGAUUUCAAUGUGAAUUGACGGUGUAAUCCCCAGCAGGGCUGGAGUAAAUGCAGCAUUUAAAAAGAGAAGAAAAAUGAAAUUAGUCUGGUGAAAGGAGCUAGAAGCAAGGGCUAGAGGUGUGCAUGGACUCAGGUGUUGCACAUCCCUUUGAAAUGAGAUACAUCUGCUGCAUCUAGACUGUCACUUCUCCCACGAUAGUCUUGCAUUUUGGACCUGGGGACUGGAAGCUGGAGGUGGGACGUAAGAGCAAGACAAUCCAUUACAGCGCUGCCGACGCCUGUUCACUACUCCAGGGCAGCUAGAGGUCAGGAGGGAGCCUUGCUGCAAACACGCAUGUUUCUGAUCCCAGGAGGAAAGCCGCUCACAUCAACAUAUGCAAACUGAAAACGGGCGUGAAGGAAUUUGCAGCCCAGAGAACCUUUUCAGCUCUCCCUCUGCUCCAAGGGUUUCAGGCGGCGAGAGUUGAGGUCUGUGAUCAUUGUGAACAUCGAAAUGCUGUAAACUUGUUUCUGAACUGGAAGAGGUUGUGGCCCGCCAUGCUUCCCCUUCCCAUCCACCUGUUCCUGCAUUGAAAGGAUCCUUUAUUCUGUAUUUGAAUCCUUGUACACUGCAAAGCUGGAGAGUAAGGUGCAUAUUUUUCCUCUUUCUCCUCCCCACACUGUCUGACCAGAACAUUGGGCCUGAUGCUGAGACUCUUGUCACCCUGAAGUCCAGUUGGGAGUUGUGGGUGUUCAGCACCUGUCAGGAUUGGGCCUUGCACUCAAGUGUCCGUUGAUUUCCUUCAGCUCCCUUUUAGGUCUGCUUUUGUGACCCGGGAUUCCUGAACUGGUCCAUGGAGCAUUUGGUCGAAUGAUGCUAGCUGCCCCUCCUCCUCAGCAGCUGCUAAUGGGGCAGAGGAGCCAGCCUGGCUGCGGCAGGGAUAUGGCGAGUCCUUGCCUGAAGGAUGGAAGGGGAGGCAGCCCAGGUGAUUGGAAAGAGGAGGGGAGAGUGGCCCCUCUGCAAAGGUGGGGACUACACUGAACAGUCAUGGCCUAGGUCUAGAUUGUGCACUGUUCUACAGUGCGCAGUUGGUUUAGAAGGAAGGAGAUUCUUCUGUGUAGGAGAGGGUAAAAAUCCUUGUCAGAAACAACUGCUUUCUAGAAUUGCCAGAUUGGUUGACUCCCCGUUUUUUGUACCCAUUCGGGGUCGGGAGGACAAUCUGAAAUAGUCAUUGGGAAUACCAACUGCCAAAGAGAACUUUACCAGGGGCCUCGUGCGGCAUGCAGGAUGUAUUUCUCUUGCUGAGCUUUGCCUUGUUGUUACCCCCACCCCACCACAGGCAGCAAGAUUUCCAGAGAGGGUAACUUCAGGUGACCCCAGCUGCACCUCCAGAGGCAGGGCCUGCAUGUGAAAUCUCUCCUGUGACUGCCUGCUGGUUUUCGUCCGUGUGGUCUGCAGUCGUCCUACCCUCACUACGGAGUGCUGCUAAGGGAGACUACAGGUCCCUGCAUGCAAUGCUUCGUCUUGAGCCAAGCAGCCAUCACUUGGGUUGAGAUGGAAGAUGGCCUGCUGGGACUUGUAAGCUCUGACGUCUACACUUCUGUGUUGAAGAUACUGCCAGCUGCAUUCUGAGGCUUUUUUCGCAUAAGGUUUGGCUUUUCGGCUGCUGCUGGCAGGUUCCCAACUCAGUCCUCAGUUGGUCAGAGGUUGGCCACCCUGUCAUAACGUGUGAUACCUAAUCUGGAUCAGGAAUCUACCCACUCACUACCUUUUAAAUCAUCCUCAAGGUGCCCUUCCAAACAGCCUGGUGGCCAGCUCUUCUGUCUGCCUGGUCCCAGCAGCACACUUCCUCGCAAAUAGAUUUCAGUCCCCAUUAGCUCUUGCCCAGUUACAGUUCUGUUAAACACAGAAAAUCCACCCAAGCGAUGACAUUAUACCCACCUCUCCCCCGGUGUAGAUGGCAUUAUGUCGGUGGGAGGGCUUCUCCUCUUGCCCUAGCUACUGCCUCUUGGGGUGGAGUCACUAGGCUGGUGGGAGAAGCUCUCUGGGCCGCAUAGUAACAUCUUCACUAAGUGCUACUCAGCUGCACCGCUGCAGUGUAGACAAGCCGUGUGUGUGCGCGCGCACGUACGCGCUGACAGGUGUAAUUCUCAGCCUGGGAAGAUACACACGCACUACAGCCGUGCCUGAGCGGAGUCCCACCGGUCCGGUCCUGCGCUGCUGCAGCCACGCUGCCACUUUUACGUGCCAACUCAAGCAGAGCUAGCGUAUCCGUCUACCCAAGCUGGGAAUUACAACUCCCAGCUGCUGCGUGGACGUAACCGUAGGGAUGCAUUGUCACCGCAGGCCCCUUACAAUACUGCACCUGGCUACUGGUUACUUUUUAGCAAUGGACCAUCCUGAGAUGUUUUCAAAUUCCUUUUCAAGUGACUCCUAUAAGGUUAUGGCCAGAAGAGAGACAUGGUAAAACUUGAUCCUCCUGACUCAACAUGACUGCUGCCUGCCUGUCUUUGAAUCCUAGUUGCCGACUUCACUGGUAAAAUGUGUUGAUCCUGUUAGCACUGCAGAGCUGAUUAAAUUAUUAGUAAAGUUCUACUUGCUGAAUCAUUACUGCUGGAAGAGGGUGACCCACCUCUGGUUGUCAGGACCCAAGCUGAUGUCAGUGCUAGUGAGCUGGCUUGUAAAACAGAUUUUUUCCUGCUGUGAAACUCAUUUUGCCGAUCAAUGUGGGACUCUGUACCUCUGAGUGUAACCCCACUUUCAGCUCCUUUCCUUGGUAUUCUGACAUGAGACGCUGGGCUGCUCGUUCCAUCCAUAGUUAUGAUGCAAAAGGCACUGGUAACCCACGAAAUAUAAUUGAUCCAGUAACUUGUAAUUACUUUUACAGCAAAGCUUUUUAAUACCCCUGAGCACCCAAUCAUCCAGCUCAUACUGCAUCACCUUUAAACUGCUCAGGUGGAGGUGGGGGUGGAAGUGGAAGGGGUAGAAAGAACAUGGUCUCUUCAGAGUUUUCUGUUUGUUACUCUGCUAUAUUUGUUCUCUAGAUCCUUAAGUAACGAGUGCUUUGAAUUUUGUGAUUAUGUUACGGUGACAUGUAGUUAAUGUACUAAUGUUCACUUGAACUAGGAUUAUGGUAACCGUGUGGGUUUUUUAUUAUUUUAACUGUUCAGAAAAUAAGUUAAAUACAAGUGUAAUAUUAA